AUGAUGUCCAGACGGAAGAGCAACAAGAAGAAACAUUUGGUGGACAUUGUCUUUCGGAUGGAAGAUGCCGAUCCACCCAGGGAAAAGACGGUGCGAGCGGUGGACACCAAGACCACCAACUACAACCGUCUCAUGGGCAUGGCUCGGUUUCAUUUGAAGAUACAACGUCGUGGUCCCAUUGAGCUUUGGUUGAUGGAUGGCGAGGAACCCACUUGUCUGGGUCUCCAAGCUGGAGAACCCAUCUCCCGCGCCAUCCAAAACGAUUGCAGGCUUCUCGUGGAGACCCUCGAAGGUGCUACGGAUGCUGACGCAACAGAACGCAUAGCCAUCGCAACCAAGAGAGCAUCCUACAAUCCGUCAGCUCGCGUUCCAACGAGAAGUUCAGAACAUAGUACUUGUAGGCAAGAACCAUCCAACCACUCGCUUUCCAUUUGGGACUGGGAUUCCGACUCGGACUCGGACCCGAGAGCAGCGUCUGCUCCAACCGGUUUGAUUUCUGCCAUUAUGGAUUUGGAUUCAUCAGACUCCUCGGAUGAUGAUGUCUACGUUGAUGGAGAUCAUGAAAGUCAAGCCCUGAUCAGUGCUGCCGGAUUCCAGGAUGCUCCAAUGGGGACUCUGGUGGCACAAGCGAGUUGCACCCAGUUCUCCAUUGAAGGCGGUAGAUCGGCGUGCACUUCCAUCUGUCUCUUUGCGGCGGCCCAGUUACUGUCCAGGAUUCCCACACACAUCAAUACGGAACUGUUGGACACGUGGCUACAAAUGGGAGUAUUGCUUCAUCGGAAUGUCACUGCACACGACCACACGUCUGUUGACGAUCUGUGGGACAUGGAUGCCUAUGCUCCCUUUGUGGAAUCCUUGGAACGUCGCGAAACGCCCCUGACGGGAAGCGUUGGUAGAAUGGAUGAAUGGGAAGCAUGCAUCAUCUCCACCCUCAGCUAUGCACAAGCGUUUGAGGGAAACGUGGCUUCGGUGGCACUCAUUGUCACGAAACCACCGGAGAGCAUUCUCUUGGUGUGCCAAAACGUCACGGUGGGUGCUCCCUGGCUCUUCUUUGAUAGUCACGGCCAUGAACAUGAAACCCCCAAGAGAGCCUAUGUUCGAAGAUUAGACUCGGUCGACAUGGUGGCCACAGCCUUGAAUCGGAAAUUCCCCGUCGUGGAUCUGGACGCGGAUUUGUCGCACUACGUUCAGCAGCUCAACCUCUUUGAGGCCCAUCCUAUUGUGUGUCCGAUUGUAGUUCCGGAGGUUAUGGAUGACUCGGAAGCAUGGCCUGGACAGGAGGAAACUCUCAGGCUAUCUGUGACUACUGCACACGCAGCUGCCAACAGACCACCGUCGCCUGUGGAUGCGGCAGCAACACACCCCGAGACCAAGAGCGAUGGCGAGACGGAAACAGAGCAGAGAGCGGCUCAGCCACAACCCAAAGUACAAGAUGUUUUGGAGUAUAUUGAUCAAGUCAAACAGGUGUUUGCCGGUCAUGUCCGUGACGAGUUUUUGGCACUGGUAGACAGCUUUCAAUCCGGCGGCAUGGGCAUUUCAGAGGUGAAAGAGAAGGUGACAAGACUCUUUCGUGGCAACAAUGAGCUCAUUUUGGGUUUCAACAUUUUCUUGCCACAAGAUCAUCAAAUCGGCCAAGCUACUUUGGAACAGAUGAAUAAAGAACACGCCCGGGGCCGAGCCAGUAUCCGUCGGAUUGGAGCUCCUCCCAAGACCACCGUUCGAGCGUCCUCUCCUCCGGACAUGGAUCGGACCGAAGCAAGCAUCACACAGCAGCAGCAAUGCGAUCAGCCUCCCGAGCUGAAGCAUAGCGAUACACCAGCAACUGCUUGUAACAAGCCUUCUGAGCCAGAAUGCCGCAAUGCACUCCUGACAAGCUCUAAACACAACACCAACGCCGUACCAGCUCGCGCUGAAGUCAAAGAGGUCGCAGAGACAGCACCCAGUUCAAACAAAGCGGGAAAAACUGUCUCUGAGUGUCGCCCCUGUUCCACCCAGCAAUCCACACUUGAAAGCCCCUCCGACGAUGCGUCUGCAACGGUGCAAAGCAACAACGACACGGGAGAGCGUAGAUCAUUCAAGAAUGAAAUCGUCCUACAAGAGAGCGAUGCUCUAGUGAGGGAUCCCAUCACAGGGGCGCUCUUUGCAGAUCCAGUCUUCUGUGACAAAGGCCACACGCACGAGAGAUCCUCCAUUGAGGCUCAUUUCCGAGCACGGCGCGAAAUGAAAGAAGAGGAAGAAGCUCGGCUCCUGCGAGAAGGGAGAUCCAACGACGGAUGCGGUGCUGGGCGCAAUUUUGAUCCUACUUGCCCUCUCACGAAUGAACCUAUCAGCAACAUCCUCAUACCCAACGACCAAUGUGACCGGAUGCUGCCGCUACUGGUCGAAAAUGGCUUGGUUCCGUUGGAAGAGGGUGAGCUUGAAGAUUGGAGAUUGCGUCGGGAGGAGAAGAGGAGGCUUGCGGGGGAGCGUCGCGCCAACUCGGCGAGACAGCAGGCAUCAUUCGACGCAACAUCCGACGCUGCUGAAGAGGCUCCUAUGCCAGCUGCACCAUCUUCAGAGCCCACGUAUGCCACACUGAGUGAAUCCCAAGUGGGCAGCGCAGUGGAUUCCGGCACUGCUCAUAUCUGGCGGCCGCUCUCUCGAACCGAGAAUGACCUUGGACUGGCCGUUGCUCUGUGCCCUCCUGGCUGGCAAAAGCCGGAAGGUUAUGAGAGGGCUCCGGUUCCAAGAUGCAGUAAUACGUGUUGUCGCAGUCGCUUGCCACAAGAAGUGCAACGCGCGUGUGACAGAUGCUCUCAACUGGUAUGUUCCGACUGCCUCGUCUUUCGGGUGGACGAUGUGGCCAGGGCAACUAGCACCAUACAAAGUGACGGGGGGCACUUUAUUUGCCCUGAUUGUGUGUUACAAAUUCGCGAUGUCUUGGCCGUCGACACGGACGACAGAUCACGAGAGGCUCAACGAGCCAAGGAAGUCGACGCAAUGAUGGCCGAGUUCUUUGCAUCACUGCAAACGAGAAAGGAGGAUCUGCAACAUCAGAUCAUCCACGCGCAGAAGCACCAAGAACUUCAGUCUUCCUCAGCUGCAAUGGAGAGACGGAUCAGAAGUCUGGAGGAUACCAAGCAGUCGCUCAUGCGUGACAUCCAACGGGCUGAGGAAACAGCUGAGGCUGCCAAGCAGGAAGAGGAAGACUCAGAUGUUCAAUCCGUUAGCAGUGUCUCGUCCACUGAAGCCCCCGACAGCACAACCCGAGAGGAAGAGUUGCAGUCCAGAAUCACCCAACUCCGGAAUCAAUACUAUGAAGUUAACUGGAACGUCGAAGAUGGUGUGCUUCGUGGUUCAAUGCUGGAGCACCAGCUGAACGAAGCCAUGGAGGCUUUGGCGAUGGCAAGGUCUGUGUCCUCGGGCCCACCAGACCCACCGGCACCCAAGGCCACCAGCGCCAGGAACGCAAUGGCCAACAGACGACGAAUAGCACGAAUGGAGAGACUGGAGAGGCGAUGCGAACAGCUCGAAUUGGACCGCCGGGAGUUGCUAGCCAGAGGCCCCAUCAACGCGCAAGAUAUCAACUAUGCGAUGGCCAUGUCGCGUCUUUCCGGUGAGCUUGACAGCACUUCUGCCAAGUUAGCCUCGCUAAAGAGUCAAGAUGAGAAGGGUCAAACUCGGAAGUCAACCUCGAUGCUGUCCGCGAAAUUGGCUUCAUUGAAACACGACGACGGUGAGCAGGAAAGAAAGGAAGAAUCAGACACAGUCGUUGCGACCGCACCCUCUGUGGCGGCAAAGCCUUCUGCGCCUCAGGGAGGCCCCAGGAAAAGGAGAACAAGUGACCCCCGCGGAAAGAAACGGAGAAGCACUCAACAAAAGAGAUUUAGCGGUGUUCAACAGGCAACCCAUGUCGCAAAGGCUUUUGCCGAGUUUGUUACGGGCAUUCCCAUGCUCAGUGGGAAGAACAAGAAGAAAUCAGGUCAUAGAAAGACAGUCGAGUCAUCCUCCAGUGAGGUCAGUGGCUCAUCUGCACAAAAUGCCCUCCCAAACGAGACUGUAUUGGGCGUCACAACAUCCUCGCCAGUUUUGGAUGCGGAAGCGUUGCAGGCUGCGAUAGCCUCGUUGUCUGCGAUUGGUUCGAUCGGGGUCGAGGAAGUCUUUGAGUUGCCUCUAAAUCUGCAUUAUCCUUCUCUUCGGAUGCGAAACCGAGUGCGGAUGCUGCGCACCGACUUGGAUCUUGCAAAGAUUGAAUCUGAGCGACUCCUGGAAGAGGAAUACUCUGGCUACCAGCGUGAAGUAGAGGCCAAAGUGGAUUCUCUGGAAGAUGAUGUAGUGGAAUUACGAAGGAAAGCAGCCAGCGUCCAGGAAACAGCCGAGGAAGAGCAACGACUUCAGCGGGAACGGGCAGGAAGACGCGAAGCUGCCCAGCGCGAAAGACAGAGGCGAGAAGAAGAGCGCCGCAGAGAGAAAGAGCGGUUGCAAGCAGAUCGACAACGCCAGGAGCGGGAAACGCGGCAAGCGUUGCGUGGCUUGGAUUUACGGCAGUGCGGGAGAUGUGGCUAUGGACCCUUUGAGAAGUUCAACUGCAAUGACAUGGCUGCUCACAAUGAUGUCUUCCACUACAUGGACGAACAGGGUCGGCGGCAACAGCGCCGCAGAAACGAAUGCCCGCAGUGCCGGUGGACCGCCGGCGACUGGAAUCGAUGGCCUCGUUUUAGACCGUAG